AUGGUUCUGGUGAGCACAAGUUCAAGGACCGCAAAUCUGAAGUGCCACAGCGGUUGUUCUCUACCUCCUCAUCCCUCCUUCAUCUGGUACAAAAAUGGAGAGAGAAUCCAGACAGUAACAUCUUCUUCUUAUUCAGACCGUUAUGACUAUCCAGACCGUUACUCCUGUGCUCUACAAGGACACGAGGAUUCCCCCUCUCCUCCAGUCUGUGCCUAUGAGGAUCGGUGUAACAGAGUGACGUACACUGACAGAAGAAUCUGUGCUCCCAAAGGCUCAUCAAUGGACAUCUCUUGUACUUACAACAGUUACGACAGUUACUACAGUAACACAAAGAUCGCAUCAAAAUUCUGGUUCAAUCCUGAACUCAGUGGAAACUGGCAGAGUCCCUCUCUACCUGAGGACCUGAUUGUGGACUCCCAGUAUGCAGGUCAUGUUCAGGUCCUUGAAACAAAGAGAGGACACUCUGCUCUGAGAAUCUCUGACCUGAGAGAGAGUGACUCAGCAGAAUAUCGCUUCAGAUUCAGUUCAGGAAGCUUUGAAUGGAGGAACAGUUUACCUGGUACAACUCUGACUGUCACAGCUUUACAGGUACAGGUACAGGUGAUAACAGCUGGAGAGUCUUACACCAAGGCAGAGCUGAGGUGUCUCAGCAGCUGCAGUCCACCAGGUCGUCUUUCAUACGUCUGGUUCAUGAACAGAGAGAAAAUUAAUGGGGAGGAGACACCUUCUUUUACAGGCUGGAUUCCUCUAGGACACGAAAUCUCCUGUGCUUUCAAAGGACAUGAAGGAUUCCCCUCUCCUCCAGUGUAUGCUCCAAAGCUUCCCUCUGUGUCAGUGAGUCCCUCUGCUGAGAUAGUGGAGAACAGUUCAGUAACUCUGACCUGCAGCAGUGAUGCUAACCCAGCAGCAGUUACAUAUACCUGGUACAAGAACGGAAAUCCAGACUUCCAACCUUUCAGUAAAGAAGCCCAGCUUGUCUUUAGCUCCAUCCAGCCCUCUGACUCUGGAGAGUAUUACUGUGAAGCUGAGAACCAGCUGGGAAAGAGAACAUCUGAGCACCUUACCAUUGAUGUGAAAUAUCCUCCAAAGCUUCCCUCUGUGUCAAUGGAUCCUUCUGGUGAGAUUAUGGAGGGCAGUUCAGUGACUCUGAAGUGUAGCAGUGAUGCUAACCCAGCAGCUAACUACACCUGGUACAAGGGAAAUGAUCGUACACCUCAAGGAUCCGGACCGGUCUUCACCAUCAAUGAUGUUACAUCUGAACACAGUGGGGAUUAUUACUGUGAAGCUGACAACAGAAGAGGGCGCCAUAACUCCACCUUACAGCUUGUUUUGUCAAAUAAAUCUAUACUGAUGAUGAAUGCCAUCAGGCUGACUCUAGUGAUUGUGAUCCCACUUCUCGUCCUUCCUUGUUCUCUGUGGAUGAGGAAGAAGACCAUUCUGAGCUCCACCACUGAACCAGAUGAACCUGCAGAGACUGUAGAGUUGGAUUCUGAUCCUGAAUAUAUCAACGACUCAGCCUUACACAGCACCUCUGCAUUAUAGACAAGCUCUUGGAUGUGAAGAUGCAGUCAAACCAGAGGGGUCACACCUGGAUGGAAACAGAGAGAAGCACAACAUUUCAGAAGUGGACUGGAGAGCGAGGCUGUGCAGGAAGUGGAUGGUAGCAGAAGAUUUAAGCUUUAAUUUUACAUGUGCAAGUACAAUAGAUAUGAUAUGUUUAGGAUGUGCAGGUAUAAUACAUACUUUUAUGAUUUAAGUUGGCAUGCAAAAUGAGUUUUACCCUGUCACAUCCAGCCGUCUUGUCAGAGAGAGACAGUUAAAUCUGCUCAGAAUAGACAUGGUGAACAGGAAGCCACACAUUUCACAGACUUUGCUAUUUAAAGGACAGGAAAUGUCUUACUUUGUGGAGAUCUCAUCUCAAGCUAUACUGACUAAGUAAUGUACGUCGGCUUCUUUUGAAUGCAUGCUUAUGGCUUACACCAGUUUUUAUGUUAUUCUGUGCAAGGUGUCUGUGCUAGUGUUGAUAAAGGAGCAACAAAGUUCGGACUUCGAAUCACCUUUACCCUUUAUUCUUGCAAAAAAUAUACUGAGUGCCAGCAAGCUGACCCUUGUAUACUGUGAAAGCAACAGCUCUAAGUAGGCACCAGACUACACAGAGUACAUAUUGAUCACUCAUUGAUAUGCAGAACGGGUGCAGACGGGUAAAGUGGGAGGCAGGUCUGCACGAUAAAUUGAAUUUAGCACAGACAGAAACAGACGGACACUGAUUCUGUAUUUGGGCUGAUUCACCAGAUUAAUAAUCAGGAUGUAUAAACCACAGCUAAAGACCCAGUUUUAAAAUGUUUCUGAGCUUGGUCCAUGUGUAAAACUGUGAUUCAUGUCAUGAACUCUUUCUGUUCCCAUUGUGCAAAAACAGCAUGCGUUUUAAUGUAUAAUGUACUCUCUGUCCUAAAGAUGCUCUAUAAAUAAACUUCUCAUUCUUAAUA